AUGAGGGUCGAUAUCUGGGACGUCAAACCCAAAGAGGACCUCGAGGCCCUCGACGCUGGGCUCCCAAAGAACUUUGAUUCCCUGUUUGAACUCGGGGCGACCCUUGGAAAAGGGGGAUUCGGCCUCGUGAGGGUGGCCACCGAGAAGGCAACUGGUCAGGAGUAUGCUUGCAAGAGCGUGUGCAAGCGGUUGAACAUCCCCAACCUGUCUGCGGCGAAGCAGGCUGCACACAUCGACAACAUCAAGAGAGAGAUUGCCAUCCUCAAACGCCUGCGUGGAACCCUGAGUGUGGUGGUGUUCAAGGGCGCGUACGAGGAUGAUGAGGACAUCCACAUCCUGAUGGAGCUGUGCCGGGGGGGGGAGCUGGAGCAUGAGUUGGGACGGCGGCCCUACAGCGAGAAGCUCGUGGCGGGGUAUAUGCGAUCCGUGCUGUACACCCUGGCUCAGUGCCACUCCCUGCACAUCCUGCAUCGAGACAUCAAACCAGGCAAUUUCAUGCUCCUCACCACUGAGAUCGACUCCCCCCUCAAGGCCAUUGACUUUGGGCUGGCAGUCUUCUAUGACCCCGCCAAGCUCCCCCGCACAGACCUCGGCCUGGAGGGAACGACAUGGUUUAUGGCACCAGAGACCCUGUCCUCUGAUGUGUACCCCGCCUCAGAUGUCUGGGCUGCUGGGGUCAUGGCAUAUCAGCUUCUGAGUGGGGUGCUCCCAUUUAACGACCGACGGAACCCCAAUUCACCCUCCCUGUCCCUCAUUUGGAGGUCCAUUCUGACGGACACUCCCUCCUUCACAACUUCUGCAUGGAGCGAGGUCUCCGAGGAAGGCAAGGAUUUUGUCAGGAAGCUGCUUGAAAAGGACCACAAGAAGCGGCCGAGUGCAAAGGACAUGCUGGGCCAUGCCUGGCUCCAGUCCUCUUUUUACACAACCAAUGCUCGGCCAAUCUCCGCCUCCGUCGUACAACGUCUGCAGCGCUUCUCCCAGGCGCCCAUGCUCAAGCGCAGCAUCCUGGAGCUCAUUGCCGCCGAGCUCCUGGAGGUGGCGCCGCCCCAACUCGACCCCUCCGUCCACGGCAUGUCCAGCUACAGCAGCAACGUCCGGGCAACUGCAUCCCUCAGGGCCGCCAGCAAGGAGCCAGGCAAAUCGGCAGAGGCCAGCGCUCACGAGAAGAACCAGCGUGCACGUAUGCGCGACGGCUCCGGCCCUCCCAGCAGCGAAGGAAGCGCGCAUGGCGAGAAGGAGUACUGGAGAGUCCUCCGGGCCGCGUCGGAGCUGGCGCUCAUGGGCUCGCAGCACGGCAAGACCAAGGCGCUGGAGUACCUGCACACCCACCCCCGCUCCGAGGAGGAGAUUGGCGAGCAGCGCAAGGCGGCCCGUCUCGCGCUGGACACCUCGACCCACGGCGGCAGCGACUACGACCGCCUGCUGCGGCGGCUGGAGGAGGAGAGCAAGCGGCCUGACAAGAGCCCAGGCGCUGCGCCGCCAUCCUCGGUGGACCCGGGCGCGGUGACGGUGACCACGCCGGCGGAGCUGUCGCGCCUGAUGCGUAAGAUGCGGUUCCGCCCCGGCGAGGCGCUGUCGGCGGAGGCGCUGUGCGAGGCGCUGCACCGCCUGGGCUACCACCUGGAGCCCUCAGAGGUGAGCAUGCUUCUGCGCGAGCUGGACCGCGACGCCGACGGCGCCAUCCACCCCUCCGAGUUCGUGGCAAGUCAGCUGGACUGGGGUGCCAUGCAGCAAUCCAACAGGGACUUGUGGCUGGAGUGUGCGCGCCGCGCUUUCUCGGGGCUGGACACCGACAAGGAUGGGCGCGUGGACGCCGAUGCGCUGCUGAGCGUGCUGCGCUCCAAGCUGCCGGCGGCCGAGGUGGACUACGCCGUGGAGCACGCGAUGGUGGAGGCCGGGCACGCAGAUGCGGACGACAUGGACUUUGAGGGCUUCCUGCGACUGCUGCACAUGGACGCCGGCGAGGCGUCGGAUGCUCUGCACCUGUACGAUGCGCGCAUGCCCGCCGACUUGACCCCGGACCUGGACCCCACGGUGCACAACAACGGCUCCUUCGGUCGGUUGGACAGCAUAGAGGAGGCGGCAUGA